AGUCAUGUGACUUCGGAAAUGAUCACUAGUGACACAACUGCUCCAAUCACACUGCUGAGCAUGGGUCGUAUAACUAGCGAAAAAAUCCCAAAUGCUUCAUCAGAAAUGAUUUCAUCAGACAU